UAAGGCGAGCAGUACUAGAUUGCGACUAGAGAGACAAACACAUCAUUAAAGAGGAAGGGAAAACAGGGAGGCAGCAAAAGAAAUGGCUAAAUUUUUCACUCAAGAUGAAAUCCAUGAAUUCAAAGAGUGCUUCUCGCUGUAUGACAAGAAGCGCAAAGGCAAGAUAUCCACUGGAGACCUGAUCACAGUGAUGCGGUGCCUGGGUACCAGCCCAACCCCAGGAGAGGUGGACAGACACCUGCUGCAUCAUAAAAUCGAGAGAAAUGGUGAACUGGAUUUCUCGACGUUCCUUGCCAUCAUCCACCAGCAGAAGCAGCAGGAGAAUCCACAAAAGGAGAUUCUGGAAGCUAUGUUGAUGACAGACAAGCAAAAGCGAGGCUUCAUUACAGCCACUGAGCUGAGGACCAAACUGACCCAACUUGGCGAGAAACUGACAAACCAGGAAGUUGAUGACCUCCUGCAAGAAGCAAAUAUCCCCCCGAACGGCAUUGUAAAAUACGAGGACUUCAUCCGGAGCAUCACCCUCCCACUCGCAGAUUACUGAACUUCUAUCAAAUGAUACACCAAGGAAUUGGAAUACCUCAACGCACCCUCUCCAGGUUAAACCACCCAAAUUAUCUACUGAUUGACUCCAAUGCUACCCAAGGGACGAUCAGUUGUUACCCCAAGCACCAAGAUAAAUACCGUUGAAAGAGUUCAUUUGGUCUCCCUUCAAUGUGCAAAUCUUUCUUCUGCAUCACAGUAUCCACCUAUCUCUUAAACAACUCAAAGGCUCCUCCUCUCUACUACUCUGCUCAGAUUACAUUCCUAAGUGUUGGGCACACAAUGUGUGAAGCUGAAUUUAUUUUGUCUUCAUUCAUUGGAUUGUAGGCACCACAGCAUUUAAUACCCACCCUAACUGCCCUUGCGAAGGUGCUAGUGACUAACCUUCUUGACAACUGGGUGGCUAUUAGGAUAUUUCAGAGGGUACAUAAGUAUCACCGGCUUUGCUGUGGGUCUGCCGCUAUAUAUGACUCUAGGAGGUGCAAGCUUAUCACAAUUAACUUCCUGAUAGCAACCCUAGCUUAGUCUUUCUUGUUGCUAUGUGUACAAGCCUUGCCCUCCUGUCAUGGUUAAAUCUGAAGUGGCCUUCUCAGUCCUCAGUUUUCUGAUACUACUUAAUUAAUAUCUUUGAUGGUCUGACAGACUAAUGCCUCUCAGUCACCUCUCAUCAAGACAGGGAUGCUUGACCUUUGUAGCUACAAUGAAAAUCUGUAAUUAUGUAGCACUUUUAACUUAGUAACAUUUCCCAAGAUACUUCAUAGAAAAAUUAUCACCCAAAUGUGAUAGCGAGCUACCGAAGGUGACGUUAGGACAGGUGAGAGGUAGGUUUUAGGGUGUUUCUUAAAGGGAAGAGAGAAAUAAAGAAGGAGAGAGGAUUAGGAAGAAUGCCUAAUACCUUGGCAGCUAAGGACACAACUGCUUCUGAAAGCUCAGGAACAGACCAUUCAGACCAACUAGUCCACUUUGAUCCAACUUUAGCCAAACUGAUCCAUGACUUCCUCCCACUCUACUUCAUGUCAUUGUUAUAGAGGCCUUGUUUGUAUUUACUGUCCCCACACUGACCAGACUGAUGGGUGUCAGCAUUCCCAAAGAAAUCACUGAGUCUAUCAACUCAAAGCAACGACAGGGAUCUUCUUGAUUAGAGCUUCUGCAAAUUCCCAGGACUUGGGGCUUCACGAUGAGCUGCUGGGAUUGCUCUACAGGAGGAGACAGACUCGUUGUGGAAAGGGAUAUUGGAAGUCGCAAUCUAAAGGGACACAGUAAGUGUGGGGGUCCCAUAGAUAAUCACACACAGAAUGUCCCCUCAACUUUGAGUUAUGGAUUGCUCCAGUGCCUGAGAAUUUUCAUUGAUUCUCUGUACAAGCCUCAUGACUUUAGUUAUGUUCAAAACAUUGUACAUAAAUUUAUACAUUUUGUGUGUCACUGUAAUUUGAGAUAGGUUGAAACAUAUAAAAAUAAAGGUGAUUUAUCUGAA